GCCAUGAUCAUGUGGCAACACUGAUUUAGGACUUAUUAGUUAAAACUUCCGCUUGCGAUUUCUAAAAUUUUAAUGGUAUUUUUCUAGAAUACUAUAUUUUUUCAGUGUCUGUUGUUUAAUACUAUUCAAAGUUCGCAAUUUAAUAUUGGUGUAUAAUAUUGUACUCAUAUAAAUACGUGCAUGAACAAAGAUUACAGUAGUAUCUUCUAGACAGCAAGUUAAAAUAUUUCAGUGAGUUUAUUAUGUCGGGUCAUAAGUACAUUAGUAAUACUAGUAAUCUCUUUGAAGAUGAAGAUGUGGAUGAUGACACUUUUGUUAAUAGUUUCGCAUCAAGAAGGCCGCCCCCUAAACCUCAGACUCAAACGUCAUCAUACAUCGCAGACUUAGAGAGACAAAGACAAACAAUGUUACUGAAACAAAAGGAAAUCGAACAGCGUACUCUUGAUUCUUCUUCGAGGAGCAUUGGUUUACUUCGUGAAUCGGAGCAAGUUGGAAUUGCCACUGCUGAAGAACUCGCCCGUCAACGUGAACAACUACAAAACACUAGUAGAAGGUUGGAUGAAAUCAACACAAACUUGACUUACAGCCAGAAACACCUUAAUGGUAUCAAAUCUGUCUUUUAUGGAUUUAAAAAUUACCUCUCAGGUAAAUCUGACCAGACUCCACCUAAAAGUUUAGCAUCAACAAGUUCUAGUAUUAAGCCAAGCCCCAGUAGUAGUAAGUUAGGAGAAACACUUGACGGUCUAGGUGGUUCUUCACCAGAUGAGCGAUUUAGUAGUCACCCAACUACACGUCUCAGAGGUUUAAACCAGAAACAAACUACAGUAGAACCUAUGUCUGAUACACAACGUGUAAAUAAAAUGUUAGAUGACAAUUUGGAUGAAAUGGUUCAUCAUAUUUCUAGAUUAAAAGGCUUGGGAAUGGCUCUUGGUGAAGAAAUUGAAACUCAAAACCAUUUAAUAGAUGAGAUAACAGAUAAAGCUGAUACAGCUGACAUAAAAAUUGGUCAUCAAAAUAAACAAAUGAACAAGUUAUUGGGAAAGUAAUAUAACCUCAUUCCAAUAUUAUAAUAAUAUAUAAAUGAGCAAGUCAAAAACUGCUCUAAACAUCAUGUACAUCCUUUAUUUUCUUUUUUGUAAUUUAAAUUUGAUUAGAAAACUUAAAUAAUAUUAAUGUAUAAAUAGCAAAACAAGUCUUAGUAUGGCUUCAUUUCUUUUAUAGUGAUUGUAGUUAUUACUGUAAUAGAUGUAUCUAUCUGGUUUAUAUUGCUGUAGUGAUAUAUUCAGUUUAAUUUUAUAUAUAUGUACUACUAAUGUUGUUUAAAGUAUGGUAUUAUAGGUAGUUUAUUAACAUUGUUAUCUAAUAUGUAUCUAUCACAUUUCUUUUUAAUGCUGCUUUCACAUUUUUGUAAGAUAUACAGAAUAUAAUAUAAAUACACA